UCCCACUCAGGUCGAAUACAUCAAGCAAUGGUAACAUCUUUAAAUGAAGAUAAUGAAAGUGUAACUGUUGAAUGGAUAGAAAAUGGAGAUACAAAAGGCAAAGAGAUUGACCUGGAGAGCAUUUUUUCACUUAACCCUGACCUUGUACCUGAUGAAGAAAUUGAACCCAGUCCAGAAAUACCUCCACCUCCAACAUCCUCAGCCAAAGUAAACAAAAUAGUAAAGAAUCGACGGACUGUGGCAUCUAUUAAGAAUGACCCUCCUCCAAGAGAUAAUAGAGUGGUUGGUUCUGCACGCGCACGGCCUAGUCAACUUCCUGAACAGUCUUCCUCUGCACAACAGAAUGGUAGUGUUUCAGAUAUAUCUCCAGUUCAAGCUGCAAAAAAGGAAUUUGGACCCCCUUCACGUAGAAAAUCUAAUUGUGUGAAAGAAGUGGAAAAAUUACAAGAAAAGCGAGAAAAAAGGAGACUGCAACAGCAAGAACUUAGAGAAAAAAGAGCGCAGGAUGUUGAUGCUACAAACCCAAAUUACGAAAUUAUGUGUAUGAUCAGAGACUUUAGGGGAAGUUUGGAUUAUAGACCGUUAACUACAGCAGAUCCUAUUGAUGAGCAUAGGAUAUGUGUUUGUGUAAGAAAACGACCGCUCAAUAAGAAAGAAACUCAAAUGAAAGAUCUUGAUGUGAUCACAAUACCUAGUAAAGAUGUUGUGAUGGUACAUGAACCCAAACAGAAAGUAGAUUUAACAAGGUACCUAGAAAACCAAACAUUUCGCUUUGAUUAUGCCUUUGAUGACUCAGCUCCUAAUGAAAUGGUUUACAGAUUUACUGCUAGGCCACUCGUGGAAACUAUAUUUGAGAGGGGAAUGGCCACGUGCUUUGCCUAUGGGCAAACCGGGAGUGGAAAGACUCAUACUAUGGGUGGUGACUUUUCAGGAAAGAACCAAGAUUGUUCUAAAGGAAUUUAUGCAUUAGCAGCUCGAGAUGUCUUUUUAAUGUUAAAGAAGCAAAACUAUAAAAAGCUAGAACUUCAAGUAUAUGCAACCUUUUUUGAAAUUUAUAGUGGAAAGGUGUUUGACUUGCUAAAUAGAAAGACAAAAUUAAGAGUUCUAGAAGAUGGAAAACAGCAAGUUCAAGUAGUUGGAUUACAAGAACGAGAGGUCAAAUGUGUGGAAGAUGUACUGAAACUCAUUGACAUAGGCAACAGUUGCAGAACAUCUGGUCAAACAUCUGCAAAUGCACAUUCAUCUCGGAGCCAUGCAGUGUUUCAAAUUAUUCUUAGACGGAAAGGAAAACUACAUGGUAAAUUCUCUCUCAUCGAUUUGGCUGGAAAUGAACGAGGAGCUGAUACUUCCAGUGCAGACAGGCAAACUAGGCUUGAAGGUGCUGAAAUUAAUAAAAGCCUUUUAGCACUCAAGGAGUGCAUCAGAGCCUUAGGUAGAAAUAAACCUCAUACUCCUUUCCGAGCAAGUAAACUCACUCAGGUGUUAAGAGAUUCAUUCAUAGGUGAAAACUCUCGUACCUGCAUGAUUGCCACAAUCUCUCCAGGGAUGGCAUCCUGUGAAAAUACUCUUAAUACAUUAAGAUAUGCAAAUAGAGUAAAGGAGUUUGGAAUUAGUCCAUCAGACAUUCCCUUCUCACAGGGUGGUGGCAGUCGCCCUGAUCUUUCUCCUUCUUAUGAGUAUGACGACUUUUCUCCUUCGAUUACCAGGGUGAAAGAAUUGACUGUAGAUCCAACUGCUGCUGGUGAUGUCCGCCCAAUAAUGCACCAUCAACCAAACCAGAUUGAUGAUUUAGAGACGCAGUGGGGUGUGGGGAGUUCCCCCCAGAGAGAUGAUCUAAAACUUCUUUGUGAACAAAAUGAAGAAGAGGUUUCUCCACAGUUGUUUACUUUCCAUGAAGCUGUGUCACAAAUGGUAGAAAUGGAAGAGCAAGUUGUAGAAGAUCACAGGGCAGUAUUUCAGGAAUCAAUCAGAUGGUUAGAAGAUGAAAAGGCUCUCCUAGAGAUGACUGAAGAAGUAGACUAUGAUGUAGAUUCAUAUGCUACACAACUUGAAGCUAUUCUUGAGCAAAAAAUAGACAUUUUAACUGAACUGCGGGAUAAAGUGAAAUCUUUUCGUGCAGCUCUACAAGAAGAAGAACAAGCCAGCAAGCAAAUUAAUCCGAAGAGACCCCGUGCCCUGUAAAGCGGUAUUUGCUGCUAAAGGAUCCCCAGAACCCUCACUGCUGUAACAGUGUUUCAGCUGGAAGGGCCAUUUCAAAGUUUGAAAUUCUAAGUGUCUGUGGAAAAUGUCUUGUCCUUCACCUGAAUGACAUUUCAAUUUUGUGAAACACUCCUUUGUCUACAAAAUGCUUCUAGUCCAGGAGGGACAACCAAGAUUUGGGAUUAGUGAAGCAUUUUGUCUCACUAUUCUCCAAAUGGUGGUUUACUUUUGGAGAUCCUUGCCAGUUUUAUUUUCUAUAUGAUGCAGUCAGAUUGUGGACUUGAUCCAGAGGUGGAUAGUAAGGAGAAGCCACAGCAUUUCCUUUUAACUCUGUUCAAUUUCGUAGCAAGACUGAGCAGUUUUAAAUCCUUUGAGUGCAUGCAUACCUCAUCAGUGAUUGUACAUACCUUGCCUACUUCUAAAGACAGCUGUGCUCACCUCUUCCUGCUCUGUGCCUUGACUAAGGCUAUUGACCCUAAAUUUCUGAAGCACAGCCAAGAUAAAUUACAUUCCUUAUUUGUCAUUGUAAAUUACCUUUAUUGUGUGUACAUUUUUACUGUAUUUGAGACAUUUUUUGUGUGUGACUAGUUAAUUUUGCAGGAUGUGCCAUAUCAUUGAACGGAACUAAGUCUGUGACAGUGGACAUAGCUGCUGGACCAUUCCAUCUUAUAUGUAAAGAAACCUGGAAUUAUGAUUUUAAAACCAUAUAACAUGUGAUUAUAAUUUUCUUAGCAUUUUCUUUGUAAAAAACUAAAAUAUAAACUAGUUGGUGUAUAAUAAAAAGUAAUGAAAUUCUGAGAAGAGUUUUAUCUUAGGAUAAUGCAUAUAUAUGCAGUGUGUGUGCCAGUGUGGUAUUAACAAGACUAAUAGUGCAAUUUGAUCCUUACAGAUACCAUUACUUAAGUUGACGUAUUCACUAGCACCCCAAAAUACACCUUUUUGAUGUACUGUUAAAGGAAAUUGGCUUCUGAUGCAUGAACAUUUACAUGUACAUUGAAAGUAGUCCAGAAUAGAAGUUAGUUUAAGCCAAGUGUAGACAGUAUGUAAUUCCCUUGAGAAACAAUUAAGCUGAGAGUUUACCUUGCCUUAAUAGGCAGAUCAAACCCAAGCUCCAUCCAGUACCUAAUAUGUGAUGUGUCGGCAUGAUUUGGUGAGAAUCACUGAAUUUUCACCAGUAGAUCGGUGGGAAGGUAUGCUAUUCCUUAAAUGGCAGCACUUAUUUUUUACAGUUUGAUACUCCAAGGAAGAAAAACUGGCCAUUUUGCAUGUAAAUACUUUUAAGAGAUUUAUAUCUCUCUCUAAGAGUUUUCCCAGUUCCCAGGAUAGAGUCCUAGAAUAGAGUAACAAAAGAUCUACCAAGGAUAUCUUGUUUUGAUUUACUCUAGGGAACUACUAGCUCAUUCAUGAGCCAAAGGGAAGCAAUGAAUAGAGAGUCACAUGAGCCAGAUUCUUAUUCACUGUUCAUAAAACUUAGAGGGUAGCUGUGGGAAAUCUUAUUACCAUGGUGAAAAGCUCUGUAAACAUAAAAUCUAAAACAUGUAGAUUUUUCACAGUAUGCUUAUUAAUAAAUGAAAUCUAUGGAAUGAAUUUAGAGAUAAUUUCCUUCAGUACAAUCGCCUUUGUUUUGGAAGGGACUCAGGUUUUCUUGCAGUUGUAAGAUAUAUUCUAUUUGUGUUUAUUUCAAAGACAAGAGGAGGAAUAGAGAACUAUUACUAUUGACCUUGCAGAGGCUGUUUAAAAACAUAGUUUUCCAGACCACCAAUCUUUGAAGGGCAAUAAAAUGUGAACUUGCUUAUUUUAAGCACAACAGAUUAGCUUUAUUAUUCCUUACACUGGAUAGGUACUAUCUCUGGAAGGUCUUUUUAUAGCAAAUAUGCUGCCUUACACUAUGACAGCUUCAUCCUGAUCAGUAGUCAAAGUAUUUCCGAAAUUAAUACCAGAAAAGAUCUUGGGAGGUAGUUUAAUACAGUCUUUCAGCUUUGCAGAGGGAGAAAACUAAAGAUCAAAAGAAGGACUAAAACUCCAUGCGGUAAAACCGCAUGGGGUAAAAGAAAACAACCUAAGAAAGCUGAGUUGAAUCUUACUUUUUUCUAUAAUGGUAAGAGUUGAUACAAGUGAAAUUUGCAAAGUAAGUAGUUCUGCAAUUUUUUAAAAAUCAGCUGUCAAGUAGAUUUAAUAUUCAGGUAACAAAAGGGUUUAUUUCAGCAAAAUAAUCUCAGCUUUUUAUUCUAUCUCAGACUUGAAAGCUCUUAUCCCUAAUUAGUAAGUAAUGAAAAUUAUAACUGUUAAUAAUGUAUACAUUCAUUAUAUGACUUUGAAGCCAAAUUCUAAAAAUAAUCUGUUUAAGCAAACACUUAUCUUCCCCAUUCUAGGUUUUCUCAGUGCAUUAUUGCUUUGCUAAUUGGAACCAUUCCUUCUAUUAAAUUUUAGGUGUAAAGAAAUCCAAAUAUCGAAGUAUUUUUAUUAAUUUUCUUAUGUAAAUGAAAUAGCUACUGUAACUCUUCAUUAAAAUGUAUUAACAGCAUUCAGUAUUAUAUUGAUUUAAACAUAGUAGCUAACAAAACUUAUAUGACAUCUAUUGAAAUUUUCAAUCUCAGUUUUUAAAUAGCUUGAAAGCAUCAGGUAUAUGAAAAAGUACUGAAGUUAAUGACCCCAAGAACUUGUACUUGUGGGGACAUCUUUUUUUUUUAAUUGAAAGGAAAGAGGUUCAUGUGCAAAACCCUUUGAAAUUUUGCUAAAUCUAUGAUUAUCUUACCAAGAAAGAUGAUAUAAUUUUACAGUUGAUUUCAUUCUAGUAGACCUUCAUUUUAUAAGGACUCACAUCCAAACAUGGCUGGCCUUGCAUUAUGGCAGCUGACCUGGGCUUAUCCAUCUGUAGUCUGUCCUACAAUAAGACAGCUGAAGAGGCAGGCAAUAAUAGACAAGACUGUGUAGAAUAAACAGGGAAAAGAAGAAGAGAAG